UCCGGCUGUCGAGACUGUCAGAUCGCAGCGCGGGCCACAUUUGCAUGUUGAAGUCAGUUGAAGUUUCUGGGGAAGGUAUAAAGGCAUCUGUAAUGUUUAGUAUGGAUAUUAUUGUUUUGUUAGGCAUACAUAAGAAAUUGUACUAGUGUUGCAUUGUUACGUAUCUAUAUCGCUUUGUCGAGAAAAAAGAAUAAGCAAACAGAACGAAUUGUACUGGAACAACAAUGAUAUCUCGUAAUUUAAAGAAGUGGCCAAUUUUUAGUUUAUUGGAAUCAACGUUUAUUUCAAACAUACAGAUGACUAUUGUGUAUGGUGAUAUUGGUAACGAAGCUUUAAUCGUCACAAAGGAUGGAAUGGUGUAUGGCAUAGGAUGUAAUGCUUGCGGAUGUCUUGGAAUUAAUGAUAAUCAUAGUACCCUUCACCCAAAGAAAGUCGAAGCAUUAUGUAAAAGAGGCAUUAAAACCUUUGCCCAUGGUAAAAGUCCUCAUGUUUUAGCUCUUACAAUGGAUGGCCAGGUGUAUUCUUGGGGAUAUAACGAUUCUUCACAAUUGGGCUGUGACCACACAAAUCAAACUUCGAUACCAACUGUUGUGCAAAAUAAUCUAAGUAAAAAAUUUAUCGUGGAUAUAGCCUGUGGACAUUCUCAUUGCCUAGCAUUAACUGACAAUGGGGAGGUAUACGCAUGGGGCCUAAAUGACCAUGGACAAGUAGGCGCAGGCUUUAUCAGUACUCAGAAUGUACCCACAAAAGUGAAAUCCAUAUUAACUGGGAAAAAAAUCGUUUGCAUCAGUUGUGGUGACUCAUCCAGCAUAGCAGUUACCGACAAUGGAGAGGUUUACAGUUGGGGUGACAAUGGCGUUGGUCAGUUGGGAAUUGGAAAUUAUGUGGAUCAAGUAACUCCAUGUAAAGUUACAACAUUGGCGGAAGUUGUAAUAGAGAAAGUAACAUGUGGGUAUAAACAUAUUCUAGCACUAAGCGACGAGGGUGUCCUUUAUGUUUGGGGAGCAAAUUGUUACGGCCAGCUAGGUAACGGUACAGACUGGAACGUUUCAAUCCCGACAAAGUUGGAGGUACCAGAAAUAGGAAAAGUAUUAGAUAUAGCAACUUCAUCCUAUAAUAACAUAAGCAUAGCUAUGGCAGUAAACAAUCGGGUGUUUAUGUGGGGCCAGUGUCUAGGACAAAGUAUAAAAAUCCCAACUCUCACCCCUCAAAAAUGCUUGCACGAUGCUCUCGCUUGUUACGCAUGGCCUAGUGUGAUGCAUCAACCACUUAUUUUGUCUAACGAAAAAAGAGUAAACUUAAUAGAUUGUCUGAAAGAAUCGUUCGAUGAUCCGGUCACCAGUGAUCUAACGAUUGAAGUGCAGGGAAAACCCAUUCACGUACAUAAAUCUAUUUUGAAAAUACGUUGCCACUAUUUCAGGACGAUGUUUCAAGAACACUGGGUAGAGAAUAAUCAAAGCGUUAUAGAACACGACCAAUUCUCCUACGACGUGUACAGAAAUUUUUUGAAAUACUUAUACACCGAUGAGAUCGAGCUUGACGUAGAAAAUGGGCUAGAGCUCUUAGAUUUAGCAAACGCUUACUCCGAGAGUCACCUGAAACGACGCUGUAUACAAAUGAUAAAGAAAGAAAUUACAGUUACGAACGUGAUUCCUGUGUACAGCAGAUCCAUUAAAUACGAUACCAAGGAACUAGAGGAAUUUUGUUUUAAAUACGCUAUGAAUCACAUGACUGCUGUGAUAAAUGAUUCAAAUUUCGCUAAAUUAGACGAAUCUACAGUAAAAGAUUUCAUAAUUAAAGCUGCCCAAGCAGGCGCUUUUAAAACGUAACAGCAUUUAUCAUAUAAAAUACUCGAUUCUUGGAAAUUCAAAGAUGAUUGAAAAUGAAAAUGAAACUGACUGCUUACAGAAUGAUGAUUUCUUAGAAGAGAGGUUAGGUACAUUAAAUAAAUAAAUAAUGCAUUAAAAAGAGGAAAAUGUGUCUAAAAAAUUGACAUAUCUCCUGAACUACUAAUUUCUCAAUAUUGGAUAGUACUUUUUUAUAACGAUUGUCCAGCUGAAUCGAUUGAUGUAUUAAAAAAUAGGUCAUUCGAUGUAGUAUUUAUUUAUUUAUUUCUGUCUUAUUUAU